AUGGCUUCUACUAGGCCCUGUGUGCGGUGGAUAACCACUGCGACUGUAAGCAGACCGGUACGGGCGUACGAAAUCCGCGGUUCCAUGAAUAUGAGCACCAGCGCGGGAACGGUCGUGGCCACCAGCAAUUUUUGCAAUGCUGCUUAUCCUAGCGUAUCCUCGGCGCGUAUCCAAAUACCUCCGGCUGCUGCUCAGGACCCUUACCCGGACACAGUCAACCAGAAUGGGAAAUGGUCGCCUCUGGUAACAUAG